CCCCGAGCCGUGUGCUCUGCUCACUGCUCACUUGCUCAGCGCUCCGCAUCGUCCAGCCAGAACCUGGGAGCGGUGACAGGGGAGCUAGGGAGGCAUGGGGCGAGGGCGAGCGCCGUGCUGCGCCAAGGUGGGGCUCAACAGGGGCUCCUGGACGCCGCAGGAGGACAUGCGCCUCGUGGCAUACAUCCAGAAGCACGGCCACUCCAACUGGCGCGCGCUGCCCAAGCAAGCAGGUUUGCUGCGGUGCGGGAAGAGCUGCCGGCUGCGGUGGAUCAACUACCUGCGGCCGGACCUGAAGCGCGGCAACUUCACCGUCGAGGAGGAGGAGACCAUCAUACGGCUGCACGGCAUGCUCGGGAACAAGUGGUCUAAGAUCGCGGCGUGCCUGCCGGGGAGGACGGACAACGAGAUCAAGAACGUGUGGAACACGCACCUGAAGAAGAAGGUGGCGCAGCGGGAGCAGCAGAAGAAGGCUGGCGCGGCCAAGAACGACGGGGCGGCGAGCGGCGGCGACGCCGGCACUCCCGGCACCGAUUCGUCGUCGGCGUCCUCCUCGACGACGACGACGACGACGAACAACAGCUCCGGGGGCAGCGACUCCGGCGACCAGUGCGGCACGAGCAAGGAGCCCGACGCGGCCGCCGUAUCUCCCCUCCACGACAUCGGCGUCUGGGAGAUGCUGGUGGACGCGCCCGCGGCGGCGCAGCCAAUGCUGUCGUCAUCUUGCUCCUCGUCCUCCCUGACGACGUGCGUCGGCGGCGCCGAGGACCUGAUCGAGCUGCCGGUGAUGGACAUCGAGCCGGAUAUCUGGAGCAUCAUCGACGACGAGAGCGCCGACGGCUCAGGCGCUCGGCACGGCGAUGCGGCAGCGCCAUGUACGGGCGCCGCCGUCAGCACCAGCGAGGAGGAGGCAGGGGAGGCGGCGGACGAUUGGUGGUUGGAGAAUCUGGAGAAGGAGCUAGGCCUGUGGGGCCCAACGGAGGAUCCUCUGGCCCACUCUGACCUACUGGUGGACCACACGGGCUUCGGCCCACUCAGCAGCUCGGAGGGGGGCCCAGUCUCUACCUACUUCCAGUCUGGGCCCGACAAUGCUGCAACCGAACAACUCCUAAAUGUGGAACUCGAACUCGAACCAUCUGCCCUUCUGCUAUGAGCAUCGGAAAUUCAGAACACGGAACAAUCUGAUCGGACGGACAGGGUCGAUCGGCACAGCACUACCAUCAGCAACGGCUCCAAGAGCAACGAACAGCUCUGGAGAAUGGAGGUGUUCGAUGCAAAGCCGAGAGCCACCUGUUUGAUGCACUGGCAAAUAUCCCUAGGUCAAUUAGCUAGAAUGCACAUACGAAAGAGAGAGGGCAAAUCUGUCCGAAAAAAGUUUAACGCACGCAGGUGUAGCAAACUAGGGUUUGAUUGGUAUAUGGAACACGGCGGCGCUCCGUCUGUGUUGCUUGGUUUGUGCAGUGUGCACAUAGCGUGACGUCAUCGUGAUGUCAGCGCUGGAUCAUCCGGGAGAGUCCUACCACUACCGACCAUGGAUGAUGAUGCCUUUUGUGAAUCAUCACCGGGCUCUGAUCAUGCUUUGGAACCCUUUUGCUUUUGCUAAUGCGAUGUAAACUUUUCUGCUCUCUCUCUCUCUCUCUCUCCGCCGCUGUUGUUUUCUUUAUUUCCUUUUCCUUCUUUGUUUUUUCUUUAUAUGAGAUUCCACAUCUGUUUUUA